GUCACUGCCGGGCGGCUGCCCUUGUCGUCGCGGCGCCGGGAGAGAACUGUGCGCCCGGCCCGUCUCCUGUAGCUGCCCUGGGCUGGACGGGGCCUUCUGCGCAGGCCCAAGCGGAGCAGCGAUCUUGUCGGUGGGAGAGGAGCGCGGAGCGCGGAGCGCAGUCCGCUCGGGCUGAACGCUGCAUGGCAGGCAGGAGCCGGGGAGCCUCCGGGGCCCUUCCCCGGAGCAAGCAUGUAGAGCUGGCGCGGUUGAACUAAGGAGGGACAGCCCCAGCGCCCCACCACCCAAAGCGACGGCAGAGGCCUCGUCCCCUUCGGGCUUGGGGGACGUGCUGCUUCUCCAGCCCCCCUCUGGGCCAUGUUCCCACAGCCUCUCAUCCCAGUGGUGGCCAGAGGCUCAGAGAUGGGGGGCAGUUCUGUGCGGCGGGCCACAGUCUCUGCCCGGACCCGCUCGCGUGGCAGGGGUGGCACCGUGCUGUUGCCUUCCAUGCUGACGUUUGGUGUGAUUGUGGCCUCCAGCGGCCUUCUGCUCAUGAUCGAGAAGGGCAUUUUGGCUGAGGUGAAGCCCCCGCCACUCCAUCCCUCCCGUGGAGAGCUGUCCUGGAGGAACGCUGGCAGGGCCAGAGUAGCUUCGGAGCAGGAGGAUGUAGGGUACCAGGUGCUCCAAGAUACUCGUAACAGGACGAUCCGUACUAUGUGUGGGCAAAAGAACAUGCCCCACAGUGUCUGGGACCUUUCUGCAAGCCAGAGGAGGACAGCGCUCAAACACAUCCUGGUUAGUGACAAACACCGCUUUUUGUAUUGCUAUGUUCCCAAAGUUGCCUGCUCCAACUGGAAACGGAUCCUGAAAGUUUUAGAUGGUGUGCUGGAGAAUGUGGAUGUGAAACUCAAAAUGGACCACAAGAGGGACUUGGUUUUCCUAAGUGACAUGAAACCAGAUGAGAUCCGUUACCGACUGAAGCACUAUUUCAAGUUCAUCUUUGUCCGAGACCCAAUGGAGAGACUUUUAUCAGCUUACAGAAAUAAAUUUGGAGAGAUCAAAGAGUAUCAGCUGAAAUAUGGUGUCGAAAUAGUCAAAAGGUACAGGAAAAACCCUGGGAAGACCACUGGAGAUGAUGUCACUUUCUCUGAAUUUCUCCAGUACCUCUUAGAUGAAGAGGUGGAGAGAAUGAAUGAACACUGGAUGCCAAUCUACAAUUUGUGCCAGCCCUGUGCGAUAAGAUAUGAUUUCAUUGGAUCUUAUGAAAGACUGAACGAGGAUGCCAGUUAUGUUCUGGAACGGGUGCAGGCACCCUCGUACAUACGCUUCCCAGAAAGGCAAUCGUGGUACAAGCCAGUGACUCCUCAAACUUUGCAUUACUAUCUGUGCAACACUCCAAGGGGGCUUAUCAAAGAGCUAUUGCCAAAGUACAUUUUGGAUUUCUCUUUGUUUGCUUAUCCUCUUCCAAAUGUUACUAGUGAAUUUUGCAGGCAGUGAACUUUUUUCCACUGCAGAGCCAUCUCAGUGUCCUAUGCAAUUUCCUAUUUGUAUACUUUUACUAACCUUUUCCACAUCAAAUACCUUGCUACAAAGUUUUAACCUUUAUAUACUGUGUAUAUAAGCCGCUGACUUAAGCACAAUGUUUUUCUUUGAAUUUGGGAAGUGUUUUUUGUAUAUUUUAGGAACAAGGCAUUUUUUGUAGAUUUACCACAGUAUCAACUGCAGGGCAGUUACAUUUUGGAAGUAAUUGUAAUAACAACAAUGGAAGAUUUUAAGAGAGGAUUCCACUACUCCUGUUUGCAAGUGUGUGUGAGGUGUAUAAGUAGCAAGUUAGAUCCUGUAACAAAGGGCAGCAAUUUUGUUAUUUCUCAGUAUUGUUAUUUUAAUUGUAGUAUUAAACCAUAGUGAAAGUCAAUGGUUUUUUUUUUUUGUAUUUCUGUUAGCAGAGCUAUUAGUAGUGCAAUCUUAUGCAGAGGUACUCCAUAUCCCAUUAAAAAUCAUUAGCACAGCCUGAAACAAAUCCACAUAGGAUUGCACUAUAGAAGUCAAAGGUGAUUUGUGUUAUAUUGUGCCACAAAAGUAUAACACCCUGAUGCUAAACAUUUGUGCUCACAUCUUCACCUGUAUGUAACAUUGCAGGUGUAAUUUUAUUGGAUUGGCAGAAGUGCUGAUAUGCCUUUAUCUGAAGGAUGGUUUCGAGUUAUUCUUAGUGCAGUCCUAUGCCAAACUAGUUCCUACUGUUUUGAUCCCGAAAUAACUCUGCACAGGAUUGCAUUGCCAAUAUGUUUAGGAUUUAGGGUGGAAUCCUAUGUGCACUUGGGACUUCAGGAGUAAGCACCACUGAAUAUUGUGGGGCUGGUGACUGUAGGGAACUUCCAAUUCAGAGGCAGUAAAUCUCUGAAUACCCGUGCCAGCAGGCAGUGUCAGGGGAAGACCUCGGCCUCUCUGUCAUCUUUGUUGGCCUCCCAUGGUAACUGGUUGGCUGCUGUAUGAAACAGGAUGCUGGACUAGAUGAACCACUGGUCUGAUGCAUCAGGAUUCAUAUUGUGAGUAGAGAGAAUAGAGACAUACACAGGAUUGCUCUGCUAGUGUUUACAGUGCAAAGCACUUGCAUAGAAAAAAUAACACAUGGCAAAUUUAUUAAUCCAGUUGAACUAUGAGACAAGAAAAACUUUUGGACAACCUUAAAUGCAGAGAUUUUUUUCCUUCAGUGUUGCUUUGAGGUAAUAGAGUGUGUGUGUGUGUGUGUGCAUAAUAUACCCUUUGCUGAUGAUUAAGAGUUUGAUACACUCCAUGUUCAGAUAAAUGGCAUGUGUAUGCUCCUCAAUGUGGUAGUUUGCUAAGGUGCUACCACAGUUUCUUUCUUUCCCAUGGAGAUGUAGCAAGUUCUUAAAACACAGUAUCUUCUUGAUCUUAUCUCAAACUUGAAAACAUUCCCUCUGGGGUAAAUGCUACAGUGUAGGUACAAAUCUAGGAAACCUAAUCUCUCCAGGGCACUGGUUGAAGAAAAUUCCAGUUUUGAUUAUCAUCAUAUUCAUGGCAUUCUCAUUGCUUUGUUUUUUAAUAGUAUUAUGAAAUUUGAAACAAAUAUGAAUGAAAGUGAGCAUACUGGCUCACAAAUGUUUCUGUAGUGUCUGCAUUUCUAUAAAUAUUCUGUAUAAAACUGUCUUGGAACUGUGUGGACAUAGAGAUGUGAAAGGGCAAACACAGUUAUAUUUAUUGAUGAUAGUACAUUUUUAUCCCACCUUUCCUCCAAGGCACACAGGGCAGUGUACACGGCUCUGUGCUGUUGCAUUUUAUCAUCACGGUAGUUAUGCAGUUGUGCCAUGGCACAGGGACAAUGUGAAUCUGAAUCACCUAAAUUGUAAUCCUACACU